AUGAAUUCAAAUAUUGAUUGUUAAACAGUACCAGUGGGUGGCACCAGUUCUCGUUCUAACUUGGGCCUUUCCCCCCUAACUCACUAGUCUCAGCAUUCAGCUUCAACCUCAAAUACUUUGCAAAACCUGAACUCUCAACUUAGAGACAAAUCCCCUCACAGACAGCAUUAGUCUGCGAGUGGUAGUGGUCAUCAAUAAUAGAUUUCAACUUUCGAUUUAUUGCAAGAACAGAAAGAAAAACUUGAGUCCGAGAACUAUGAACUUAAGAGAACCUUACGAUUGAAAGAGUCAGAGCAUCAGAAAGUCAAGGCAGUUCUGGAGUAGCAAGUCCAACUGCUUUAGAUGCAGGUGAAUGAGAGUUUAGAGCGGGAGACUAAUCUCAAAAAAGUCACAGAGAAAAUGCUUAGUGCUUUCAACCCUUCUUCGACACCUAGUGCUACUUAGGCAAGUCAGCAAACUGAAAUGCUUAAGGAACUUUAGAUUCAGAACGACAUGUAUCAAAUGGAAAUAAAGGAAUCCAAGGCUCAUCACAAUGACUAGAUUAAAAACUUAGAGAGAACUCUUGAGGACACCAAACAUCAACUGCAGUAAAUUCAGCAGAAAAAUAAGAUGCUAGAGGAUAGAGUUGAAAAUCUUAAAUAUGACAAUGAACAUCUGAAUAUUGACUAAGUCCUCAAAAUAAAAGAACUGGAGUUGAAACUUGAGUAAAUGCUAGACGAAAAAGCCAGAUUGCACAAGGAAAUUGACAGCAAUCAACAUCGCUACAAGACAAGCAUUGAGUAUCUAAGCAACGAGAAAAAGAAGAUUAACCAUGAGUAAUUCAGAAUGUCACAGUUGCAGAAAAGUGACAGCAAGAAUACCAAGUCAAACACUAAAAAGAUCAAAGAUCUAGAAAGCGAACUUGAUAGAUUAAAGAACUAGCAAGAGCAGCUGAUCUCCGGAAUUAAGGUUUCUCAUGAAUCAGAAAAGAAACAGUUAGAACUUUAAAUCACAAGGUUGGAGAAGCUGAAUAAGCAACAAACAGAAGCCCAAAAAGUUUCACAGCACAAUAUCAGAGACUUUUCACCUUUAACGAGAAGUAUCAAUUAUAACCCAGCCUAAACCUAGCAAAUUCAGGAUGCGUCCAGUAAAUACUAAAAGGAGAUAGAGGAGUUAAAUGGAAGAAUUUCAAAUAUAAACAGUGAGUAUUCCAAGCUGAAGGCUGAUAAUUAGGAAAUCAUUAAGAAAGUUGAACAGUAUGAAAAAGAGAUGCAAUAAUAGAAGCACAAAUUAAAAAAGUCAAAAGAGGAAGUUUAAAGACUGAGAAAUAUAAACCAAUAGCAUCAAAUUCAGAACUAGCAAACUUAGUAUCAGAAUCAGCAGCUACAUAACUCCUACAACUAGUAGAAUAAUGGCAUUACUGGUAGUGCCAAGAGCGACAAGCAGCAAAGCAAGGACAUCUCAGAUAAAUACAAGAAGAAAAUCUAAAGCUUAAAGUCCUAGAUUUAGAAACUAGAACAGAAUGAGAAGAAAGUCAAGAAUAUGCUGAUUGAUAAGGAGAAUGAACAUGAAUAGGAGCUAAUUGAAAUAAAAAGAUUACUAAAUCUAGAGAGAAAGAGAGUCAAGGAGUUAUAAGAGUCCACACUGUAGUUCAAAUCAAGCUAUGAGAAGCUGCAGCAAGACAUAUUCUCCCAAGUAAAAGAAAAAGAUAAAAAGCUAAGUGUACUAAAUAAAACCAUUUGGGAUCUGCAAGCUCAAUUAAACUCUUAGACUCAUGGAUCUACCAUCAAUCCAAUUAAAACAUCUGGAAAUGGCGAUUAAGAUCGUGAUAUAAGAGCCUCAAAGACGAAUAGGAACUUAUUCAAUGAUUUUAGUCCUGAGGCACACAAAGAACUCAAUCAAGGUUUAAACACACAAUUCCUUCUUAACUUUAACGAGCAGCAUAUGGACAAGAAUGACAAUCUCAUUCAGUAAAUUCAAUUAGCAAAUAGGAUAUUAGAUUCAUGCUUGGAGAUUAUGUGUUUCUAUUGUAGGAAGACCUAUGACAACGGAAAGCUAUUCUUAAAUCAUCUUAAUAGAUGCUAGCCUUAGCAUGAGGAAAAUGGAAAUAAAAAUCACUUAAAGGAUAUUGUUACCGAGUAUUUAGACCAGUCUAGUGGAGCUGUAAGUAAGUCAAUGCAGAGAAUAGGCUCACAUAAAGGACCAAACAGCAUUCACAGCUCAUUAGCUUCCUUGAAGUAGCAUAAUCCCUUGUCCUCAGACCUCUACUAUAAUUAGAUUUUUGACUCAAAUGUCUCCUCAGUCUAAUUUUAGCAUUCACCUUCAGAAGAAAAUCUUGUCACUAACCCAUCUCAAUAAGAUCUGAUUCAAGCUAAGCAGAUCUCUCAGUCAUUCAACCAGAUGCAAUAAACUUCAUUCUAAAGAGAUGAGCUGCUUUCCAAAAAUACUCAAUUGAAUCAGAAGAUCGAAUUCUAAGACCAACUUAUUAGAAAGCUUGAGUAGCAGGUAAACCAGUUGAGAUAAGACAGAGAUACCAAGCAGAUAGAUCUGGACAAGUUAGAACUCGAGUUAAAGAGGACUAAAAUAGAGUUGGCAAUGUGCGAAGAAAGAAAGAGCGAGAGUGAGCAGUGCUAUAAAAAUGAGAUUAAGUACCUUAUUGAUAAACUUCUUAAAACUAAGAACAAACUUAUGAAGGAGAGGCAAGGUUUGCAUAAAAAGCUACUGGAAACUCAUACUAGUGAUUCAGAUGAUGAGAUAAGACCAUAAAGCAAUAGUUUUACCUCUACCUCAACGAACUAUAUUAAAAAUCUGAAAACAAGGCAAGCUCUCUAAAAUAAUAUACUCAAUAAUACAACCAAUUACAACCAGAAUGGACAGACAGUCUAAAUAGCUAAGUAUCUUCAAAUGAGCAACAAUGAGAAUGCUCUCAGGAUGUACAAUCAAUCUCAGAUUGAUAUCGCUGAGUAGCUCAAUAGAAGUGGUAAUCUUGGCAGAACUCAUGGCUAUAACAGAUCAAGUAAAUCUACAUCUAAACUUUUAAAUUAAAGUCAAAACGUCUAGAAUGCCUGCAAUAUCUCCUAAAUCAAUAAUCAGAGCAAUGCAAGCAAGCUAGACAGAAGCCAAAUUUUAAAUCAGAUGGAGUAAUAAGCCUUGAAAAUUAUCUCGGAGCAGCAUCGAAACACAAAUGAAGCUCUUAGAAAAAAUGAAAAGUCAGCUGAUAGGUAUCAAAUUCCAAUGAACAGAGUCAACAACAUAUAACAGUAUCAGCAUCAAUAGUAGCAGUAAUAGUAGUAGAAUCUGCGAGAUCAGCAAUAGCAAAUGCUGUUUAAUAAGAGCAGCAAGUUGAUGAUUAAUUUCAGAGAGGACACUAAUGUUAGUCUUAGGGAAAGGGAUAUUAAUUCAAUGAUGAAUAACAGCAACUAAAAUAACAACUACAAAAAGUAAGACUCACAAGGAUAUAAGGAAAAUAAGCAGUAAUAGCUAUAGAAACACCACCAGUUCAACACCUCCAGUGACAGCGAAAAUCUUAGUCCAUCUAAUUGGGAAUCCUGA